AAAAAGGAAAAGAAAAAGGAGAGAAUUACAGAGCAGCCACCUGGCCAGUGGUGGUGAGAAUGCAAAGCACUGACAGAGGAGACGACAAUGGCGAACCCUAGGAGGACCUCAAUUUCACUCUCAUCUUCAACCAAUCCCCAAAACUUGGAGAGUCCAUUCCACAGCCAAAUCCAAUCCCGAAUCCUUUCGCUAUCCUUCGCCUCCUCAUUUUCGUACCUGGCCAACUUUCUGAAGAAGCCCCACGCCUUCCCUUUUCUGCUCUCAAUCUUCCUCUUCCUGACAUGGAUUUCUCUCAGAAUCCAGCACUCUUCCACCUUCUCCUCUCCCGAUUCCCCUCGCUUUCAGCAGAAUCGCGAGUCCUGGAGCAAAGACGAUGAUUUCAAGGCCAAUCUCGUCCGGUUCAAGUCUGGGUUUCCUUCUCCGAUUGCCAAAGACAACAGGGGCUGGCUACUCGACCCUGUAUCUCUUGCGCUUCACUCUGGGAUUCCCGGUGGAGCAGUGACCUGUGCUUCUGUUCAUAUCGGAGAAAUUCGACCUGGGGCUAUGAGGGGAAACCACAGGCACCAUACAUGUAACGAGACAUUUGUCCUGUGGGGGGCUAGAACAAAAUUCAGGUUGGAGAACAGCAAGGCAGGUGAUAAAGGAUAUGCUGAAGUGAUAAUUGGUGCGGAGGAGGUUGCUGUUGCAGCAAGUCCAAGAGGAAGAGCCCAUGCAUUGAUAAACAUGGAUCCUGUGCGGCCUACCUUGUUUAUGGGGUGUCAAGAUGGUAUUAUAAACUAUAACAGUUCAACUUCAGAUUUUAAAGUCUGGAAAGAUCUUUAGUUGCUAUAACUUUCCUUAACUUGGCCCGUAUUUAGGUCUUACAAAAAUGUUCUUUGGCUUUUCUUCUUCCCUCUUACGUCCCCUUUCCUAAAAUUCGACCCCUUGUUUUUUCCCUGUGGGGAUUUUUGCUAGGUGGAGGGGUUAGCAUUGUAUUUUCAGAUCUAGGGCAUUUCUGAGCCAAAAUUGUCAUGAAACAAGAUUAAUCAUCACAUCUAUUAUACCUUAUUUUUGAAAGCACGGACGGCAGUAAAGCACACUCGUCUUCUGGGUUUUAAGGGUGAGGCAAAAAAAAAAAAAUGUGAGGGAUUCAAUAAGAUGAGGUGCAUAAUAAAUAAAAUAUAAAUACACAUAUAUACAUAAUACUAAGAAUUAGUAUGAAACAUGAGAUA